CGUUAAAAGUUGAAAGAGGAAAAAAACAAUAACAAAUCCCAUUUUCGCCUACUCUUGAAUUUGUUGUGACAAUUCUAUGUAUUUCUGGUAUUUUUACAAAUAGUUCGAAUUUUGUUGAUUAUUUUCCUGCUUUGAAUAGCCAUUAGUAUUAUAAUGGCAGUAAAAUUUGGUUUAAGUUUGAAUCGAAUUCUCCAAAGAGCCUUACCUCAAGUUCAUAAUUGCAAGCUACUGCCAUGCUUACAGAUCCGUCACAUUCAUAUAAAUAGUCUUCAUUUUAAAAAUAAAGAACCCAACGAACUGAUUGUUAGACCUUCUAUGUUUUAUGUUCCAGAAGGAGAUAGAAAUAAAGACACAUUCUUAGAAGCUGUAAAAAUUUACACAACAAGACCAGGGCCCCGUAGGGCACAAGUGGAAUUCAUCUAUGCUGCUCUGAAGGAAAUGGAAGAAUUUGGUGUGCAUCGUGACCUGGAAGCAUAUAAAGACAUCAUUGAUAUAUUACCAAAGGGAAAAUAUAUUCCAACAAAUAUGUUUCAAGCAGAAUUUAUGCAUUAUCCAAAACAACAGCAAUGUAUAAUAGAUGUUCUGGAACAGAUGGAAAACAAUGGUGUUUGUCCAGAUAAAGAAACUGACCAAAUGGUUCUUAAUAUUUUUGGUCGCCAUGGAGCUCCCACCAAAAAACUUAGAAGGAUGGCUUAUUGGAUGCCUAAGUUUAAAAACCAAUCUCCAUGGGCACUCCCCCAAAAGAUUCCUAACUCAAAUCUUGAAAUAGCAAAACUUGCUGUCCAGAGAAUGGGUAGUGUUGAUCCAGCUACAGAGAUGAACAUUUUUCAGACUAGUGAGUUGCAAGACGCCAUUGACGAUACUUGGAUCGUCAAUGGUCAAAGCGCCAAUCAAAGAGACCUUUUAGCCAAACUCAAAGAAAAGCAAACCGUCUACGUUGAAGGCGCUUUCACAAUUUGGUUAAGAAGAACCAGUAUAAAUUACUUUAUUUUGCGUUCUGAACCUGUUCCGUUAACGGAAGAAGAGCAGAAACAGCAGAAUGAAUAUGAUUAUGAUGAUGUAAGUGAACUGCGUUCGUGGAUGUUUGGGGAAGAAAAUCUUACUCGGAAAGAUAUCGUUGUUCAACCUUCAGUUCAUGAACAAGAAGAUGGGACAAUCCUUGCUAUAGCUAUCACUGGGACAUGCUCAAAAGAUUCCCUUCUUUCUUGGAUCCGAUUUUUAGAGAAAACAAAUCCAAACCUAGCUAAUUUGAGUAUCCUGUUUGCUACUAACUCCCCCUUAGGUGAAGUUGCACCAGCUAUCGAAAGUAAUAUGCCAUCUCAACCACUAAAUAAAAUCACAGGAGGUUCUGAUUUGUAAAUAAAUGUAUAUGAUCAGUAAAAUAAUAGUUUUGAAUAACA